CAGGGUCAAAAAGAUCACCUAGCAAACUAGCUAGCGAGCAUUUUGAUAUUAGCGACAUUUAUUUUAUAAACUAAAGAAUUUCGUUUUAAAGUGUAAUAAAACACAUUGAUAUUUAUCAUGUAGUAUAAAUUAAUUUAUUACAAAACAAAUAAAUAUUUUCUGGAAUAUUUAACUGUGCGGUUAGCAAAGGUACAUUAGCCUAGCUAGCCGGCGUUGCUUUACUCGUUGUAAAAAUGGCUGCGGCUGUCCUGCAAGUGGGAGUUAGGCAGGCUCUGAGAGCACAGCUGCAGAAGCUCAUAUGGAGUACAGGAGCAGUCAGACAUGCAUCUGUGGGGAGGAUCGAGAAAGUCCUCAUUGCUAACCGAGGAGAGAUUGCAUGCAGAGUGAUGCGCACAGCAAAAAAGAUGGGUGUUCGUUCUGUGGCUGUGUACAGUGAUGCUGACAUGCACUCCAUGCAUGUGGCCAUGGCGGAUGAAGCGUACCAUAUCGGAGCAGCACCAUCACAACAGAGUUAUUUAUGUAUGGAGAAAGUUCUAGAAGUUGCCAAGAAAUCCUCAGCACAGGCUGUCCAUCCGGAUGGCUUCCUGUCUGAGAACACAGAGUUUGCUGAACUGUGCAAAAAGGAAAACAUCAUCUUCAUCGGGCCUCCAUCGUCAGCGAUUCGUGAUAUGGGCAUCAAGAGCACCUCCAAACACAUAAUGUCAGCUGCAGGCGUUCCCAUCAUUGAGGGUUACCACGGAGAGGACCAAUCAGAUGAGAAACUGCAAUCUGAAGCUGCCAGGAUUGGUUACCCUGUUAUGAUUAAAGCCGUACGAGGUGGAGGUGGGAAGGGAAUGCGUAUCGCUCACACGGAGGCCGAAUUUCACGAGCAGCUGGAAUCUGCCAGGAGAGAAGCUCGCAAGUCUUUCAACGACGACGUCAUGCUGGUGGAGAAGUUUGUGAAAAACCCCAGGCAUGUGGAGGUGCAGGUGUUUGGGGAUCAACAUGGUAAUGCUGUUUAUCUGUUUGAGAGAGACUGCAGUGUGCAGCGGAGACACCAGAAGAUCAUAGAAGAAGCACCAGGGCCUGGUAUUAGUCCUGAAGUGAGGCGUAAACUGGGAGAAGCCGCAGUCCGGGCAGCUAAAGCAGUAAACUAUGUGGGAGCAGGCACUGUGGAGUUUAUUAUGGACGCUCAGCACAAUUUCUACUUCAUGGAGAUGAACACACGUUUGCAGGUGGAGCAUCCCGUGUCUGAGAUGAUCACCGGUACAGACCUGGUGGAGUGGCAGCUCAGGGUGGCUGCUGGAGAAAAGAUUCCGCUCUCUCAGGAUGAGAUUGCGUUGAGAGGUCACUCGUUUGAGGCCCGAAUCUAUGCUGAAGACCCCAAUAACGACUUCUUGCCUGGAGCCGGGCCCCUGCUGCACCUUUCCACCCCGGAGGCGGAACCUCACACGCGCAUCGAGACUGGAGUACGGCAAGGUGACGAGGUUUCGGCUCAUUAUGACCCCAUGAUCGCUAAGCUGGUGGUUUGGGGAGAGGAUCGCUCCGCUGCUCUGAAGAAACUGCGCUACUGCUUACGCCAGUACAAUAUUGUGGGUCUCAACACCAACAUCGAUUUCCUGUUAAAUCUUUCGGGUCAUCCAGAGUUUGAGGCAGGAAACGUACACACCAGCUUCAUCCAGCAGCACUACGAUCAGCUGUUUCCCAAAGCGACUGCACCAGCAGGAGACGUGGUGUGUCAGGCUGCUCUUGGGCUUCUGCUGCAGGAGAGAGAACACACCCUGGAGUUGCUACGCCAGUCGAACGACAUGUUCUCGCCUUUCGGCUCGGGUAACGGUGGCCGGCUCAACGUGCUCUACAGCAGAAACCUUGCGCUACAGCUGGGGGAAAACAAAGUUACAGUACCUGUGACCUAUAAUCCAGAUGGGACCUAUAGCAUGGAGAUUGGAGGCCAGUUAUUCCAGGCGUCAGGUGAGCUGCAGAAAGUAGGCGGGGCCACGUACCUGAACUGCUGCGUAAAUGGAGUUUUGUCUCGACCCAAACUGGUCAUGGUGGACAACACGGUUUAUCUCUUCUCCAUGGAGGGCAGUGCAGAGGUGAAAGUGCCUUUACCAAAGUUCUUGGCUGGUGUGAGUACUGCUGGAGCACAAGAUGGCGCUGUGGCACCCAUGACCGGAACAAUUGAAAAGGUCCUGGUGAAGGCUGGAGAUGCUGUGCAGAAGGGAGAUCCUCUGAUGGUGAUGAUCGCAAUGAAGAUGGAGCACACCAUACGAGCGCCGAAAGCAGGCGUCAUCAAGAAGGUGCUGUUUAAAGAAGGUUCGCAGGCCAAUCGGCAGGCCGUGCUGGUGGAAAUAGAGGAGGAACAGGAGGAAGCGAACACUCCUAGAGAGCGAGGGAUUCCGUGAUCGGCUUCACGCCAGUUACUGACUCGAGUUCUUCAGCACUGUGAUACGAGUGCUGUGUGGGAACUCUCUGUAUGUUUUAUUCGUUACUGUUCACUCAAUCAUGAAUUUCUCAUUAUUGACCCGACGUUAACACUAACACUUAACCGCUGGCAGUUUUCUUUAAACUCUGAUCGUUCUGCACAAGCCACGUGUUCAUAAAUGUGAGUUUUGUUCUUUUGGUUGUGUAUCAUUUUGUAGAUUUUUCCCCUUGCUGGUGUACAAUUAUCUUUUGUAGCCAAGACCAAUAAAAUAAAUAAAAUAAAA